UCAACAACCAAUUUUGCUGCAUUAAAAACUUUUUAUUUUUAAUUAAUUUCUCGUAUUAAUUUCACGUAAAAAAUGUCUGAAGUUGCUCAAACACAAUCCGCACCUGCCUUUGAUUCAUCCCAAUUGCGGACUUUGUUGAAAAUUUACUACAAACGCUUGUUUCCGUAUCGAUUGUUCACCAAGUGGCUCACUUAUGGUUACACUGAUCCUGAUAUCUUCACGAACCGCGAAAUCAGUUUCACCUUAGCCAACGACAUUUAUUUGCGUUACUUGUCGUUCUCCGAUUGCGACGAAUUCGAAAAGGAAAUCCAAGCAAAAUUACCUGAGAAGAUUGAUAUCGGUGCCGUUUACGAUGUUAGUCCAAAAAAUCGUCUUACAACGUCGGUAAUGACUCCCAUGCAACGCGAACUCGUUUUCGAUAUCGAUAUGACGGAUUACGACAACGUUCGAACGUGUUGCGAGGGUGCAAGCGUUUGCGAGAAAUGCUGGAAAUUCAUGGCAAUCGCUUGUAAUGUCAUCGAUACAACUUUACGCGAGGAUUUUGGCUUCGAACAUUUGUUGUGGGUCUUCUCGGGGCGUCGUGGCAUCCAUUGUUGGGUUUGUGAUCCAACGGCACGCCAACUCACAGACAGCGGAAGAGGAGCAGUGGCUGAAUACAUGAACGUUUUAAUGGGCACGGGACCUGAAGCGAGUUUAGCGCGCGUUCAGAUCGGAAAUAAAAUGCAUCACAGUGUCAAGCGAUCUUUCAAAAUUAUCGAACCAUUUUUCACGAAAGUAAUUCUCGAAGAUCAAAAAUUAUUCGACACUGCUGAAGGAGUUAAAAAGCUCUUGUCGCUCAUUACAGACCUGGAAAUGCGAAAAGAGGCAGAAAAGGCAUUAAAACCAGUUUUGGGCGACUCGAAGAAAAUUUGGGACACAUUUUGUCGUCAUUUCGAGUACAUUCGGACUUCCAGCAAGGGAACUGCUUCAAGAAAGGCGAAAUUCCUCAUUGAAGAAGUACAAUUGGCACUUUUGUAUCCUCGACUCGAUAUCAAUGUCUCCAAGGGCAUGAAACAUUUACUCAAGGCACCAUUUUGCAUUCACCCGAAAUCAGGAAAAGUUUGUGUGCCUUUCCGCCCGAGCAAGGUAUUCGACUUUAAUCCCGACAACGUUCCAACUCUGAGCUUGCUGAUGGAAGAAAUUAACGCUUUUGACAAGGAAAACACUGAACAAUCGGAAAAUGUCGAUGAACGCCGCAAAAUUCAGGACAUCAAGAAGACAAGCAUGUACAAAGGCAUCAAAAUUUUCGAGGAAUUUUUGAGAAAAUUGGAGGAAACGUGGAAAGAUAACAGAAUGGAAUUUUAAUAUUUUUUUCUUUCGUUUUAUUAUCAAAAAGGAGGCGCUUAUAGACCUUCAUUCAUAUUUUUUUAUACAUAAGUAGCGAUAAGGUGCUUAAAUUUUAGCCUAAGACUUACGAAAUAAGUAGUUGAAGAGAAAAAUUAACAUAAAAUAAUUA